AUGACUACAGAUAAAUCUUCUGUCAGUGUGAAUGCUGAUAGCUCUUCAUUUGCCGCCAGUGCCAACACGUCAUCGCCUGUCCCAAAUUCUUCCAGUGGAAAUCAGGAUCAGUACGCAUCAAGUGCAGAGGGAGUUUCGGAUACUUCCAAUUCCAAGAAUGCAGCUUCCGUGAGUGUCGAUGGAUCCGAAGAUGCUGAAAGCAAAACGGCUACAACAGAUGCUUCUGGAAAAUCUGCAGCUAAGGCUCCAGUUGAGCAUAAAGUCCCAAUUAUCAAGCGGAAAUUGAAUGGUUAUGUUGGGUUUGCUAACUUACCCAAGCAAUGGCAUAGAAAGUCCAUUCGUAGGGGAUUCAGUUUUAAUUUAAUGGUUGUUGGUGCUAAGGGACUUGGAAAAUCUACUCUGAUCAACGCACUAUUCAACAAGCAGUUGUACAAGGUUGACAGUGCUCCAAAGUUUUCCUACCGCGAUCCAAAUGAGCCUGUCCCUGUUACAAUUGAAACAGUCAGCUCUGAAAUCGAAGAGAAUAAUGUGAAGUUGAAUCUCACUGUUAUUGAUUGCCCUGGAUUUGGUGAAAACAUCGAUAACACCGAAGUUUCAUGGAAGCCAAUCGUUGACGAGAUUGAUCGUAGGUUUGAUGAGUACUUGGAAGAGGAAACAAAGGUAAAUCGUUCGACUGUUGUCGACAAUAGAGUUCAUGCUCUGCUUUACUUCAUUGAGCCUACAGGACAUGCUUUGAAACCCCUCGAUAUUGAAUUCAUGAAGCAAGUGCACGAUAAGGUGAAUCUUAUCCCGGUGAUUGCUCGCUCAGAUACUCUUACCGAGAAGGAAGUUGAGAGCUCUAAACAGAUGAUCCUGGAAGACAUCAAGAACCAGGGUAUUCGUUUGUUUACCCCACCAAUUUAUGAGAAUGAUGAUGAUGAAACUGUUGCAUCUACAAAGGGAAUUUCCGAAAAAAUACCAUUUGCAGUUGUGGGAUCUACAAACUACAUUCAGACUUCAGAUGGACGUACGGUUAGAGGACGGUCAUAUCCUUGGGGUAUAAUUGAGGUGGAUAAUGAGGAGCAUUGCGACUUUGUUAAGCUGAGACAGCUUUUGAUAAGAAACUUUAUGGAGGAGUUGAAAGAGACUACCGGUAAUUCUUUGUAUGAAAGGUACAGAAGCGAGAAGUUGGAAAAGUUAGGAAUAAAACAGGAUGAUUCCGUCUUUAAGGAGUUCGAUCCAGUGUUGAAACAGGAAGAGGAAAAGCAGCUUCACGAGGCCAAGUUGAAUAAUAUGGAGGCUCAAAUGCGUUCGAUCUUCCAACAGAAAGUUAGUAGAGAAGAAAAGAAAUUGCAGGAGACGGAGGCUGAUCUUUUCAGUAAGCACAAGGAAAUGAGGGAAAAGUUGUUGAAGCAAAUCAAAUUGUUGGAGGAAAAGAAGAAGGAUCUUCAAAAGGCCCCUGUCAAGACUGUCUCUCCAAAAGGAUAUUCUUCCCCACAACCCAAUGCCCAGAAGCAAAGAAAGGGAUUCCUUCGCUAA